AUGCCACCAUUCCCUCGGGAGCUAAUUGAUGAUAACACUUUCCCUCAGGUGAUACCAGAAGAAGAAGCAGUGUCGGAGGCAACACCUGCCAAGCCUGCUAAAGAAAAGAAGAAGAGCAAGAAGAGAAAAAGCAGUAAGAAGAAGAAAGAAGGAGAAUAUAAGACGACCCUUAUCAACUCAGAGCAAAGCCCUCCAUUGAACACUGAAGAGUCUAAUCAGAGGUUGCCUGAGGAUGAUCACUUGUUAAAGCAUGUUGAUGAUGCUAACAGAGAGGAGCCGGUCUUGGAACAACAAAAAUCUAUGGAGGUUGAGAAGGAAGCUGAGGAAGGGGAGAGUUCUGUGAAGAAGGUUGUUGAAGAAAUUUUGCAAGCUGAGGAGGAAGGAGAAAACAAUGACGAUCUGGUGAAUGAAGAAGAGAAGGAAGAAAAGGAAGAAGAUGAGGAAUUGGUUGAGAAAGAUGAAGAGCCCAAGGAAGGUGAGCAUGGGGUGACUACCCCAGAAGCUGGUUUGGCUAUGACGGAUAAGGGUGCAGCAUCUGAGGAGCCCGCAAUUAAUAUUGCCCCUCCAAAGAAGAAUAAAAAGACACCAACAAAAGCUGUAAAGCAGACAACUGCUGAUAAGUCUGCCAGUCCCAUUCUUGAGCCAACUCCAGUAGCAAAAGAGAAGCAUACCAAGGAAGGAGUGGCAGAAUCAAAGGGCUUUGCCAAGAAGAGGAAGUCAAAGGUUCAUUUUGAAGGACCUAGGAAAAGCUCUAGGCUUAAAGCCUAA